UUGAAGCGAGUCAUCGCGAGCGACAGUAGCUAAUGAAACGGUCGUGUUUUUGCAUCCGUCAGCUAUAUUUAACAACAUUUGCGAAUGUUUUGUGCCACGAAAACUGUGUUUGAACAAAACAGGACGUGUUAUUCAGUGUGAUUGGUGUUUCUUGAGGUGUAGUGUAGUGUUUUAUUAACUUUGGUAGUCCGUGGAAGCAGAGUAUCAGACAUCGGCCAUAAUAUAGUCCAGGAUGCGUUCCUCAUCGCGGUGGAAGAGCAGGCUCGGCAGCGGCUGCAGCGGCUGUCAGCUCUCAAGCGGAUCACGCCCGUCGACAUGUCCAAGCUGUCUGUAGAGUUAAACCGAAAAAGACUGCCGCAGCCAGAGAACCGCCAGGACCUGAACGGAUACAUCGCCAACUCGACUGUCUACGUCACAUCGAUAAACGAGAACGGCACAAUCGAGACAAAACCCACGAUAUCGUCUCCAAAAUCCACCCCCAAAUCUUUACAAGCGAAGCCAGCACCGAUAAUUGCCAACGGCAUCGUCAAGGAGGAGAUAGCAGAAGAACCAGAGAAACACGAAAAGGAUCAAAGUGAGAAAGUGAAAGUGGAAGAAGUGAGAGUGGAGAGUGAAGUGACUAGUGAUAAGGACAGUGAUGCGUAUACCGUUGCGCGUGAGCACCUGAGUAACGGCAGGUGUGAAAAGCUCCUGGGGGAACAGCCAGACCACAGGAUCCGUGCCACUGCCAUCGUUGAAAACCAUAAACUUGCUCCGGGAGACAGGCCUCGAAGAAGGUCGGGGUCCAGCAUCGUGGUGCUGGGCGCUGAGGAGGAGAAGCGUCCGUCAGACGAGCCCGACAUGCUGACCAUGCUGUCCAUCUCAACAGACACCGGCCCCCACCGCGAGAUGGCGGUGGACGUCCCUGACAGCUUCAUCGCGAGGAACAAGACCCCCCCGCGGUACCCGCCUCCGCGACCGCCCCAGGUACGCCUCCGCACCAGAGACGACGAGCCCCUCCUCUCCUCUGGAGGCUCUAGCACCAGCUUCAGCUCCAAACAGAGCACCGUGCUCCACAACACGGUGGACACCUCCGGGCCGAGCUCCGACGGAUCAGACUUCAAGGACUUCAAGAACAACAGCACCAUAGAGCUGUUGUCGCUGCCGCAGAGCUCAGACGGCUCAGGAACCUCCUUCGGAAGCAAGAAGAGCAAGAGGUCUUCCGAAACGGCGAAGUGCGGAGACGCAUCCGAGCGCUCAGAAUCUGUCAAUUCGAAUUUAACUAACUUAACCCAUACGCUGAGUGACCAUAAGAUUCAGUUGUUGAUUUCCAACGGAGAAGAUUCGUUGUUGGAUUGCCAAGGCGUGGCGUAUUCAGCUAGAAGCGACUCAGUUCUGAUCAGAGAGGCAGUGUACGCUGCGUAUCAGCUGCCGGCUGGGUUCGAUCCGACCCCGGUGCUGCUAGGGCGGGAGGUGCCGGUAGAUGUACCAGAAACAUUCGUGCAGAUAGUGAAAACUACUCCGAAAUACCCCAGUACCGCGGACAGAAAGAACGUGGUGUCUCAGGUGAACGGCACCGCCCCCGCCGUGCCGCCCCGCGAAGCCGCCUGCGUCGCCCCUCCGCGGCCGCCUGCGCAUGACGCCGUGAAGGAACAACAGGCGAUCAAGAAGUAUCAGGAGCAGUUAAGACAGCGCAAGGAGGCAGAGGACCGGAUCGCGGCACAGAAUGAGUUCCUCCGGACCUCCCUGCGAGGGUCCAACAAGCUCCAGGCCUUGGAGUCCACCCCGCCCUCCACCACAGCGUUUGUCAACGAUGCCUACGAAGGUGACGCUGGAGACGAUGUGCCUCAACUUUAUACUAUUGUCGAAUAUCAAGAAGUAUGCGCAGCGUUGUCGCGAGUGCAGAAAGCGCUGGGUGCGCACGGGCAGGCUGCGCUUGCGGCGCGGGUGGCAGGCGCGGCGGGGGCGCUGCUGUGCCCCGCGCUGCGCACUGCCAUCGCCACCAGGACCGCGGUGCUCACCGCCACGAGGCACAAGCGAGCUGGGCUGGCCCCGCCACACACCAACCACGCUACUGACCGGCUUAAACAGUGUAUAGACGUGGUGAGCGGGCAUACGGGGGCGAGCGCGGAGACGGCGGCGUUGAGCGUGGAGCUGCUGGCUUUGCUGGAGGCCCUCGAGCUGGAGUCGCUGCUGCAGGCGCACGACCAGGCCGCGGCGCUGCUGCACCCGCAGGCCUUCAAACAGAACAACCACAAGGCUUUAAAUAAUAGCAAUCAUACGGCGGACAAGGCGCGGGCUACCUCGCCGGAUGAUCCUAGCGAAAAUAUCAAAGUUAUCAAGAUUGAAAAGACUAAUGAACCACUUGGUGCUACAGUGAGAAAUGAAGCGGAUGCAGUUGUGAUUGGCAGGAUAGUACGAGGUGGCGCGGCGGAGAAGUCCGGGCUGCUCCACGAAGGAGACGAGCUGCUGGAGGUGAACGGCGUGCCGAUGCGCGGCAAGACGGUGCACGAGGUGUGCCAGGUGCUGGGCGCGCUGUCGGGCACGCUGACCGUGGUGCUGGCGCAGCGCGCCGGGCCGCGGCCGCCGCGCCAGCAGCGCGUGCUGCACGUGCGGGCGCACUUCGACUACGACCCCGAGGACGACGUCUACAUACCCUGCCGCGAGCUCGGUAUCAGCUUCCAGAAAGGCGAUGUGUUACAUGUGAUCAGUCGAGAGGAUCCCAACUGGUGGCAAGCCUUCCGAGAGGGAGAGGAGGACCAGAGCCUCGCGGGACUCAUUCCUAGUCAAGCCUUCCAGCAUCAACGCGAGUCGAUGAAGCUGACGCUCGCGGGCGAGGUGGCGGCGCGGGACAAGCCCCGCAAGGGGGGCACCCUGCUCUGCGCCAAGAAGCCUCCCAAGAAGAAGAAGAGCAAAAAGGCCACCAGCGAGGCCGGGUACCCGCUGUACUCCACCUCGGGAACUGAUGAUUUCGAGCAGGAAGAGAUCCUGACGUACGAGGAGGUGGCGCUGUACUACCCGCGCGCGAGCCACAAGCGGCCCAUAGUGCUCAUCGGGCCACCCAACAUCGGCCGCCACGAGCUGCGCCAGCGGCUCAUGGAGGACAGCUCGCGCUUCGCCGCCGCAGUGCCGCACACGUCGCGACCGAGGAAGGACCAUGAGGUGCCGGGGCAGGAUUAUCACUUCAUCUCACGCACGCAGUUCGAAGCUGACAUCCUGAACAGGAAGUUCGUCGAACACGGAGAGUAUGAGAAGGCGUAUUAUGGAACAUCACUAGACGCGAUCCGCGAGGUGGUGAACUCGGGCAAGAUCUGCGUGUUGAACCUGCAUCCUCAGUCGCUCAAGAUCCUGCGGGGCUCCGACUUGAAGCCCUACACUGUGUUCGUGGCGCCGCCCAGCCUCGAGAAGCUCAGGCAGAAGAAGAUUCGCAAUGGAGAGGCUUUCAAGGAGGAGGAGCUGAAGGAGAUAAUAGCGACGGCGCGCGACAUGGAGCUCCGCUGGGGCCACCUGUUCGACAUGAUCAUCAUCAACAACGACACGCAGAGGGCCUACCAGCAGCUCCUCAACGAGAUCAACAGCCUCGAGCGGGAGCCCCAGUGGGUCCCGGCGCACUGGCUCAAGCACACCUAGCGGGAAUCACCCCCCGGGCCUUCCACAGGCCCACCACAUGUGAUAACCAGAACUACACCCCUGAACUACGGAAUGCUCAAACUAACCUUGCUGAUGCAAGUUAUCCUGCAAAUGGUUUUACAUUUGCUCGCCUAUUUCGCAAAUUAUGGAAGGCAUUAUCGUAGCAGCUGUAGGGAUUCUAAAAGGGUAGGUAAUAUAGAAUUUAGAAAUGUGUUCCGCAAACGUUUGAAAGAUUCGAAUCAGAAUUUGAAUUUCGAUGAUAAAAGGUGUGUAUGACAUUUCGCGUAUCAAUAAAGCUGCCAAUUUUAUGCUGUUUGGUUGGUAACAAAUCGAUCGAUUUGUUGUUUUUAAACAAACAGCGUACCUACGUUAGUUUCGUUAGGUUGGCAGCAAUGCGAGUCGAUUGCUUGCAAAUCGUUUUCGAACUUUUAGUGUUAAAACCGCUCAGUACUGGCCAAAUUAAAUC